UGGGCUGUGCCUCCAAGGGUCCGUUUGUUUGUCCCAACCGUUUGCGCAACACGCAGUCGCACUAUCGGCCUAUAAAGACAAGUUGCCAAACUAAGAAUAUGAAUAAGAAAAUGAUUUUGCCACAUAUGUUUGUGCAUGGCAGGCUUUACCUCCGGUCCAGUCCAUUAGCGUCACGGCGCAGACACAUGACGUCACACACUUCAACAUGGUGAGAAAACAGCAUGGAGAGAUGGCCUCGUCUUCCAAGACAACGAGUAAGGAGACAAUGAACGACAAUUUAGUGUUGGUCCUCGAGUCUAGUAGCGACGAUGAUGCGCCCGAAGAGAUCACUUUCGAAGAGUCGAAGGCGGCCGCUUAUCGGAAGAGGGAGGAGGCGCUGGAGAGAGCCAGAAGAGAAAAGGAACUUUUGAAAGAAAAGAGAAGAAAGAGGCUAGAGUUAUUUCAAGAACAAAAGAAAAAGAGGCUCUUGCCUGAUGAUGUACUAGAGGACCUCGAUACAGCCGAUUUUCCCAGGAAACGGAAACUAUCUGCAGAUGAAGCUGAAGAACAGGGGGAAAAAGAGGCAGCCAUUUCAGAAGAUGAAGAUGAAGGCGGAAGUGGAGAAUCGGAGGAGGAGGACAAGGAGACAAAGAAACGGAAGACUAGGAAUAUUCGAAACACUCGAAAGCUGAAGGGGGGUUACACUGUAACAACUCUGAGGGAGCAACCACUAGCCUUCUCCCAGCAGCAGGCAGCCAUGGACUUCCUCCAGUCACGACUCUACGGCCGAGGGAGCCGCAGAACAACAUGCAAAGAACUCAUGUCCCUACAGAAUAAGAGGGCUACAAAUAAGAGUGCAGCUGUGCAGUUUGUGAAGAAAGACUGGGCCUCCAAGAAGAAAGCCAAAGCAGAGAAAGUGAAGAAGAUCUGGAUUCACAAACAGCAGGUUCCCUCCAGCUGACAGAUCUAUAAAAGAAAUGUAUAAAAGAAAUAGUCAGACCACACAAAAGUCUACUUGGGCCUGCUCUGAAACCUGUAAACAGAGUUCCUAGCUCCAGUGAUAGUAUUAAAAUGGAGUGAUGUCAUUUUGGAGUUGAAAUCAUUCGUUUUUCAUACGAGCGCCAUGUAAGAUGUUUUUUGAGAAUGUCUGAUUGGCGGAGGAGAAAGGAGUAUCUGGAGUGGCAUGUUGGACAGAGGCAAAUUUAGUUAACAGGAUAUUCCUGUCACCAAGCAACCCUUUUUUCACAUGGUUUUGCACAUCAAUGAUGACUGGAUCCAACUUUAAGCCUUAAUAGUUAUUAGUUAUAGGGCUGAUUUCCUGGACACACAUUAAACCUAGUCCUGGGUUAAAGUGAAUUUUGAAUAGAGAUUCUCCAUACAAAUCAGUUUAGCCCAGAACUAGGCUUAAUCUGUGUCUGAGAAACCAGCCAGUUAUGUCAUCAUUACAUGUCAGACUAAUGAACUCUGACCAAGCCUCGUACACAACUUGAAUUUAUAGAGGAACAAUUUAUAUUGUUGAUCCUAUCUGAUCUAUGAGAUUUCCACAUUUUUUAAAAUUCAAGUAGACAUGUUAAGCCUCAGACAUAUUUGGUAAGAUUUUUCACAACUGAUCCCCAUCUGAAAACUUGUUACACAAGUUGUUUAGUGCAGUAUAAUGUAAUGGAUAUUUUUUCAAUAGUCACAUCAAGAGAUCCAUUAAGUGUCUGCUUCA